GGGAGGGUGGGAGGCUGCCUUUGUGGUUUCUCUUCUUACAGCGGCGUGCGUGACGAGGACGUGCACAUUUCCUGAGCGGAUGAAGGCCCGCCGAGGACGAUGAUGGUCAGCUUCCGCCCGUGAAACAUCACCGUGGGUCGUCCUGUGGAACAUCAUUCAGUCUUCUCAUGAGGACGUCAGAGGACAUCUGAACCAUCCAACUUGCGCCGGUCUUCUGGUUAAGGGCCCACAGAGGGCGACGCAGUGCUGCCCCCUUUGGAGACUCUUUGAAUUGCUUUGCAGCGAUGAACUUUGGACCUUUCGGCUUGCACGGGAAGAUAUUUGGGAUCUAAAUGCGUCCUAGGUGGAGCGCCAUGCUGCAGCACAACAACAACAACAACUACCCCUGCCUCAGCGGCUCCGCCCACGAGGCGCCCCUCAAGUGCUCCGCCGCCGCCGUGCCCUUCCCCAGCAGGCUGGAGAUGGGCUUGGGCGACCUCCCGCUCAUCCGGGGGCUGCGAGCCUGGGUUCUGUGCUCCAAGAGCCGCCAGAAGGGGGGCGGUGGCCCGGCGGCGGGUGGGCGGGCGCCAGCAACGCCGCCUGCCGGCCGGAGGACUUCCUGUCCCAGGCCCGCAGACGUGCACCUGGGCGGAGGGUGGGGUCGCACGGGGUACGGCCUGCCCCUGGACGCCAGGCAGGCGGGGCUCGGCGCCCUGGUGACGGUCGCCACCCUGAAGACGUGUGAAGGCAACGGGAAAACGCAGACUCAGUGUCUUUUCCUACGUAACGACAAAGGAAGUUGUUUGUACUCCACAGCCAAGCCCGCCUCCGGCGGGACGACCGGGGUGGGGGGCUGGCUGAGGGGAAAGUCGGGAGCGGCGAGGAGGGACGCCGCUUCCUCUCUUCAAACGGAGGCCAGAGGUGGCGUGCGGUCAGGCCGCAGAUGGAGGAAGUCUGGUCACGCCGCCGGCCGGGAGAAAAAAGGCAAGGGGGAGGAGCCUGAGGGGGAAGCUGCAAAGAAACAGGAAGUGGGCUUGGAGCAGCAGCAUGAUGGCGGGGCGUGUAAAGACCGCGAGGGACAUCUUGAACGCUGUCGACAUGAUUCCAACACUCAGGUGGAGGAGGACAGGCUGAGAGGAGGCGUUCCGACAAGCCAGGAGGUGACGGCCAUAAAUAAGAGGCGGGAGGAGGAGAGGGAGGAGGAGGAGGGGGGGGAGGAGCCCAACCCUGACCUGGAAUCUGCUCACAUGGAAAGUGGACGCAGCAACGACUGGAACAUGAAAGACAAAAAGCAGGACCUGCUUCUUCCUGCAGGAGAAGAAGUGAGAGACGUCGCAGUCACUGAGCCCUCCCGUCCUGCAGGGGGCAGCACCGGCAAAGACGAAAGUGAAACUUGCUGGGUCAGGAGGGCGCCGGGGAGCAAGGUGGCGAAGUGGGCCGCACCGCCGGGACACGUGGACGACAGCGGCCACCUUGAGAGGGUCGGUUGGUCUCCAGGAGGUGAUGAGGAAGAUGAUUGGACGCUGCAGGAGACGGCACUUGAAUGCAGGGGGAGAAAAGGGGGCGGAGUCUCUCCUCUUGCUCCCCGCCUGCAUAAUCCUGCCCCCUCUGUGCGCCCCCCUGGCGCCAUGGCAACCAGUCUGCCCCGCGUGGACGCAGCAGCAGAAGGAGGAGGAGGCCCAGACGGGAGAGAAGUGGAGCACCAGGAGGUUUGGCACGAGGAGGAGGAGGAAGAUGAGUUUGGAGUGUUCAUGCAGGCCGAGGGAGGAGCAGCGAGCAGCCAGGGCGUCGCCAUGUCUGCCCCAGUGCCUUGUGGGAACUCAGCGGCGUUGGGGGAGUCGUCUGAUUGGACGCCUACCUGGACAGGAAGUCCCAUCCAGCAUCCGGGCGACGCCUGGGCCGCCUUCCCUCAGGACGCAAGGGGCGAAGGUCGGCAUGAGGCGGGACUUUGGUGGCCUGAGGAGGAGAGGAGAGGCGCUGAUGAUCACAAUCUGGCGGGUCUCUUUGCAUCAGCCUUUCCCCCGCUACCCGACUCAACCCCCCGGGACCCGGGCGACCCCGACGUUAUUCCCACGUUGACGCAGCUCCUGGUGGGAAGCGGUGGUCAGGAGCAGCGGCUUCUGGGCGGCUUUGCCGAUAUCAGCAAAAUGAGGGUCCACAGAUACAAAGGAGGAAGUGGCGGCGUGUCACGUGACCUGCUGUUGAGGUCCUUACACGUGGAGCCGCCCGGCACAGUCACCUGCUGGUCCAACCGCCGCCCCUCGCCCGGCCUCCACUCAGCCAAUCAGCACGCGGCCGCCAAGAGACGGCUGUCGUGCGACAACAACGCCAGCGUGACGGACUGACCCUCGACCCGUGCCGAGCAGGAAGUUGACGCUCGCUUCCUGUUUGGGCGGAGACUCUUUUUUUUCAAAAGCUGUCGGGACUUUGAGGAGUGGGCCAACGCCACAAUGAAGUUGUGUUUUUGGCCGCUGCACGGCGGCGUGUCACAUGACCUGAGCCCCACGCGGACGCAGCAUUGGGAGAAGUUUUGUCUCCUGGCGAUCUGAUGUUUACACGUUCAGCCGAGCAGGAAGUGAUGCGCUGCCCUUCGCUCCACUGCGCUCCCCGUCGUCGUCCCCGAGCUGUCAAUCAAAGAGCGUCGCCAUGGCAACAGUGUGUCGAUCGCUCCGUGUAUCACUGCUUUGUGUCUGUAAGGUUUUGUCAUGUGCAGGGGAGAUAAACCAAUCAAUAAAUACAUUGAUACAUUGA